AUGGGCACCUUGGCCUCGCAGCACUGGGGCACCCUCAACUCGCAGACCUCAUCACACGGAAGUGUUCGCCUUUUUACUCAGUGGCAAGGUGAAGGAGCCAACAUGACACAUCAGAUCCUCGAAAAUGCCGUCCAACGUACCUUCGAUGGAUGGUUCAGACCCAACUUUUUGAGAGAUGCCAGCAUACAGUAUCUCAAGAAGCAACCUAUUGGCGGUUUUGUCAUUCGUUCAAGCUCCCGAUACCCUGGUUUCUAUGGUCUAAGCAUCAAAGUUAAGGGAGAUGAAAACAUCAGCAGCUAUACCGGACUGACAGGCAAUCAGUCGGUACGACACUUUCUCAUAGGAGAAAGCGCAGAGGGCUACUUUCAGAUACAGGGCACAGAGAUGGAGCCGAGGUUCAAGAGUCUGGUGGAUCUUGUCACCUACCAUUGUCAAUACGCGGGGGCACUGCCCUGUGUCCUCCGUCUACCCGGCUACUCGACCUCCUCCACUCCUAGUUUGGUGAACGCUGACACUCCACUGCCGCCACUCAGGUUUAAUGAGAGCGAUUCCAUAGAAUUUCAGGUCUUAUACUUGGGUGCUUUUGACGUCUAUUCCCUGAAUGGCAGCAGCGCUGUCAGCUCAGCUAUGGAUGCAAUCUUUCGAACGCAGAGUUCGCAUCUCCGUCCCAUUGUUGUCAGCUUCCGUGUCAGCCCUGAGGGCGUGACCUUGACAGACCUUCACUGUCGACAGUUCCUUCGUCGGCAUUUUGGUGCUGAAUCCUUCCUCUACAUUGGCGCUGAUCUCUACGGCAGAACGUUGAUGGAGAUCGAUCCUGGAAACACGAAUUUCAACAACGGACGAAACAAUAUGCGACUUUUCACUCACAACAUACUCACAUCCCGCGUCCUGAAAUCCGUUAAAGUUGGUUAUCCUCUUGCUAUAAAGGCCACGAAGGUAGACAUAACUCCAAUGGACUUUGAGGCUAAAACUACUGCUCGUUUUAUUCCCAAAGUCGAGUGGACGGUUCUAAAGUCCGCAGCUGAGCAGGUUGGGGCAGAUCAUGUGGGACAGCUCCCAGAUUGUAUACCUGAUGGCUACGAAACUAAUGAGGAAUUUCUGCGUCAAGCUCACAAGGCUCUAAUGGAGAUAGAUGUGGUUGAGGGAACUCUAGUCUGUCCUGAGACGGGUCGUGAAUUUCCUAUCCACAAUGGCAUCCCGAACAUGCUUGUCAAUGAGGAUGAGUGA